UGGUGUUCAUUUUGUUGUUUUGAGUUUGUGCUGGGAGAAGGCUGCGUCUUGUUCCAUACACAGUUUUUUGCUAACCAUAAGGCUCAUCGUCACCAUGGAUUCCCGAUUUUCCUACUUGCGCCAUCGGGACAACAGUGUGACCAUGCUGAGGAUCAAAAUGUCCCGCAGACUGAGUCAGAACCAGAAGGAGAAUCGAGAGCGGGUUGUGGAUGCACGAAGACCGCUGGACAAUCUCCAGGAGCACGAAAUGUUAUGUCAGGAUGACUCGACUCUGACCAAGACAUCACCAAUGAAAGCUAUAACAAAUGUCGAGGAAAAUUCUGCAAAAGACAAGGCCAUAGAAGAGAAAGUCAAACAGCUUGCACGUUGGAAAGAGAGAAAGGCCCUUGAGAAAGAGAAGCAAAAGCAAGCGAGGGAACGGAAGGGAGUGUUUAAGACUGGCCUGUAUCGUCCUAAAGACACUGUUUUCAUGAUUCAUCCGGUACCGGCUUCCUCGACCAACGCAAAUGAAACCAAAAUAAACGCAGCUCCAUCACAGAGCGGCAGAGUCACCCGUUCAAUGAAACAACAACAGCAGCAGCAGCAGCCGCAAUCGCAGCAGCCUCUGAAGACGCACAAUCCAAAUACGGCAGCUAAGAAAGGUCCAUCUGGUACUCAGAGAGCAACCAGGGGAGCUUCGACUAGAUCAGCCAACAGGCUUUUUACAGCAGCUUCCACAGUGAAAAAACAACCAGCCGACAAAUCUCCUGAUCAGAGAAUAACAAGGAGCAGAGCCAUUGUUUUCCCUUUGCCGCAACCCUCUGCAAGUGGAAAGAACUCCACAGCCGACAACAACCUCGACUUCCAUCAAGCUGCGCCCGAGGCAAGCAUUUCUCAGCCUUGGUUAAAGGAGCGGGACAAUGUGGAGCCAGUGGAGGAAUCUCGCUGCCUCAAAGAGGAAAAUAUAGCAGGGGACACAGGACUCGCUGAGAAGCCCUCUUCAUUCGCUCCUGAGGGCUUUGUGUUCCAAGCUCCCGCUGGCUUGAAGGCCUUUAAUUCUGCACCCCUCAGUCCUCGCUCAGCAGAUCUAUUUCUUGCCCCGAGGUCUGCGUCGCCGUGCUCGACACGCUCAUGCGUCCAUUUCCCUGCUGCCGAAAUACUCAGUGAUGAACGUCAGACUGAGCCAAGUGAAUCUCCUUGCCGCUCUGCUCCUCCUCUUACGGCGGCUUCUCCGAUCCCAAGCAGCCCCCUCGAAUCAAAGCAUGAUGUGCCGUACUUUAGGUCAGAGAUGGCCAAUGAGACAGACCGACUGACAUCUCUGUGUGGUCAGUGGGAGACUAAAGUGGAUGAUGAGUCAGUCCCUGAAGAAAUGAGAGGCUGCAUCCGUACAACCGUGGGCCAGGCCAGGCUGCUCAUGAGGGAGCGUUUCAAACAGUUCAGCAGCCUGGUGGACGACUGUGAGUUGUGCCGAGGGGAGAAGAUCACCACCUGUACCGACUUGCAGGGCUUUUGGGACAUGGUUUAUUUCCAGGUAGAUGAUGUACAUAGGAAGUUUGGUGACCUCAAAGAAGCAGAGGAACGAGGCUGGGUGGAGGUACACAACCCGCCGCCACGGCAGAGGAAAGCAGUCAAGAAACCGGCAGCAGGUCCUGCCAAGCCAGCAGUAACCAAGGCGGCGGCCAACUCUCGCCUAGCUGCGGCGAAAGCGGCCAUGAGAGCCCAAAAGCGGGCGGCCGAGGCAGAGAAGGCCGCAAAGGAUGCAGGCGACGCGAUGGAACACGAGCACAGCUCGUCCUCUCAAGUAGCAAAACGCCAGUCUGAUGUUGUGGUCUUUGAUGGAGGCUUCUUCCGUGUGGAGAGCCCAGCCAAGACACCAGCCUCAGGGUGGGUGAGAAGAUCCAGCCGACUGGGUGCUGCCGCGGCUCCACAGGCCUCCCCCUGCGCCAACGAUGCCACGCCAAGAAGAGUUAUUCGUCGCUCCCUUGCAUUGGGACAGACCUCCGGCACGCCAGUUCAGUCCAACUGCACGCUCACGCCCCUGGGCCGUGCCACCAACCAUACCUCCAGAUGUUCGCCUCGGCCCUCCCGAAGAGAAACCGACCCAUCUCUUUGUUUCAGCCCUCUCGUGGAUGCGACUCCAGGCGGCACCCAACUGAAAGAGCCCGCCCGUGCGAAAUUUGAGCAUCUGACUCUGCAGAAAGAAGUUUUGCACACUGUCACCACAGCACCUCCCCCGUUAACUUCCCAGUCACCACAGGCCCAGACAGCUGAAGCGUCCUUGUUUCUCUUCACUCCAAACCCCAAGGACAAGAUACGGCCAUCUGCAUGCCCGAGUGACCUGAUGUACUUCACUCCGCCACCCUAAUUGCUAAUCCAAUUUUUUUAAAUUUGUUUUUUGUUCCCUUUUGUGCGAGUUGCUUCUUGCUUAUCACAUUAUAUGAAGGAGGGCAACAGCAGGGAAGAAGAUAUGUUUGAAGAAGUGAUGGAUCUUAUGACUCCAAGCAUCCAGUUCACGGUCUUGGGCCAGCGUUUGUUGCCACUGACGUGCCAGUGCUGUAGAAAAUUUAAGAAAACAAAUACGCAUUAUGCCCCUUAAAUUAGGGCUGGGUGACAAAUUGAUUUUUCGUGAUUCAUUUGAGUUUAUUUGUUAGGACUUUUUAUUAAUUUAAAAAAUAUGUACAGUUUCUACAGUUUAAAUUGUAUCCCGGCUGUUGUGCACUGCUUACACUAACAACAUGACUGUGAACAGAGUGAAGUUAGCUUACAAAAGCAAUAGCAGUGUUUCCCAUUUAUGGAUUUGGAUGCUAUAUUCAGCCACUUUUGCAAACUCUUUAGUGACUUUUUUUCAGAAAAGUGGCUAGUGAGUUUUAAUUCCUAUUAAUUAAUAAAAGCACAGUCAGUGUUGCAAAGUUAACAUGAUGUAAUAUUCAGCAACACCGCUCUAGCAGUGACUAUUUUUUCAGAAAGCGCCAAUAGUGAGUUGAAUUCUCGCUAGGAAAAGAAUUUAUGACAUUUUUCCAAAAGGAAAAAAGAAACUAAAAAAAAAAAAUCCAUUAUUUCUGUGAAGUUGA